AUGAAACAACCCUAUAACCCAACAUUAUGGAAUUUGUAUUCGACCUGUAGAUAUUUACGACACUAUAAACCACCACAUGAUGUUGCAGAAAGAAAAAUAAAUGAUUAUGUAAAAGUUGAAGGGUUUUGGUUGAAAGGGGGUUUCGACACGAUACGCGAUUUCAUCGCUGUAGAUGAUGAAACAAAUGAUGGCGAAACGGUGAAAAGCGACAACCCUAAUACACCAGAUUUGUUGUGGGCUAAACACCCGCGUAUGGCUGUCGUCGGCAUUGAUGUAGAAAAUGUUAGCGGCAAACAACUGUACAGUAUACCCGUGGAAUGGAUUCCACGACUGGCUGUUCGUGAGGACGGUCUGUUUGUACUAAAGCCAUUCGAGUUUUGUUGUCGCGAAAUCUUGGUACGUUCAAAGACACAACUGGUACGUUGCCAGUCUUUAACAAUAUCCAAUAAGUAUUAUGUAGACAAACAUUAUUUUCAUGUCGGUUCGGGAGAUUGUGAUGAAGAUAGUUCGGAGAUUGAAGUGUUUGCCGCCACACACUUGUAUGUGGGAUUAAAGAGUAUCAUGCGACAUUUUGCUACAGGGUUGUAUGUAAAUAUGGGGGAAAUGCUGAUGGCACUUGAUUGUAACGAGGAAAAUUUGAAUUACUAUCAUAAAGAAGUGUCCCGUGAAGAAUCAACAACAACCGUAAUAUAUACUGUAAUAAAGAAGAAGGGUAUGUUUAUUCGUAAAUAUCUUGCACAUAUAGUAGUAUGUAAAAAUUGUAUUAGGUAUCUUGAAGAUUUUUUAACUCUAUUAGAUCAAAGUGUGGAAAAUCACCCAUUUCCCUCACAUGAUGAGUUAGAUUGUGACGGGUAUAACUAUCUUGGAUUACCCAUUUUCCGAUAUAUAUUAGAUGCGGAUUUUGAUAGUUUAGCGGCUAAAGCUUAUUACGGUGUUAUAGAUGGACAGCUCAACACAGGCUGCGAUUAUGUGGACGCUUUUAUGAAUACUUAUGCUAUAAAACAUGUUUGA